AGGUAACCAUUCUCUACAGAGCAACCGUGCUCGAGGGCGACAUUCCUUUUUCCCACAACUCAACAUCGCGGGUAUUCGCAUACGUCUUACAUUUCCUACUUCUUACGCAUAAACAAUGUGCUAGCUUUAAUAUUUCGUUUCUACAGAGCUGCGAAUAUGCCUCCCGCAGCUGCGCGCCGAGCGCCCUACAAAGAUUUCCUGCAACCUGCCCUGCAGAGACGGUUCGCCUCGACUACCGGCUUCUUACUAGCAAUCUCCUACAUAGAAGCUAUCACCCUAUCCAAGUGGGAUAGUAUCUUCUGGCCAUGGCUACCGAUUGGGCUUCCUGGUAUUCGUACCCUGGCCAUCUUUGGCAGUAUUCUCCCCAUCGUCAUACUACGAAUUGCCCACUCGCACAUCGGCAUUCGAACUUCUAAUUCGCCUUUCGACACCUUCCGCCGCACAGCGGUGUCUUUCGAGACUAUCGAGACGAUACUUACCUUCGCCAUCUCUUCCUGGCUAUUCAGCCAGAUAUACCUAUUUUCCACACCCACCGACGCGAAUCUCAGUUGGAUCACGUACUACAGCGGAGAUCGCGCGCGCCUGAAUGAGCGUGCCUUGUUCUACACUGUCAACCUGAUAAUCCUAGGCAUCGUUCAGGGUGUUGUACACAAAUCCCUGGACUUUGAUCGAAUGAUAUUGGGCAAGGUGAGACCGAAACGCGAAGGAGAACCGAAUAACCAGGAACCGGGAGGCUGGGACAAGCUAGGAGAAUGGGUUCCAGUACUUGUCGUUCAAGCUGGAAUGUUCUCGAUGGCCGUCUCAUUUGCCAACUACCUAGUUAUUUACCACUUCGUACGACGCUCUGCCUGGGGCUGGGCUUUGUACUUUUUCCGGAUAUUUUAUAGUCUACCAAAAUCCAACAUCCCACCUAGCCAAGCCCCAUGGAGUAUCUGGAUGCUUGGCCGAUCGAUAUGGUCAGGAUUCCUGCUAUGUAUCUUGUGGUACUUUGGCGAUAUCGUUUUUAGGCUUCAGCUCGGAAAGGCACCCCUCAAGAACAACCAACCUUUGAGUGCCGAAUCUAAAGAUCCAAAUGGGAGUCUACUGAAUGGCUUGAAGAGCAAGAAACCCCGGGUUUCAGCGUUUGCUCUGUGGGAGCUAGCAUUGAUCGCUAGAGACUUUGAUGACAGACGACGAAGCGUCUUUGAAGAUAUCGACAGGAAGGAUGGUCCCAUGUGGUCGCAGAUCUACGUCACGUGUCUGGACACUAUCAAGUCACUCGAGGAGAGGAUUGAUAAUUAUGGGAAGCCACCUACUCCUCCCGCUGCGGAAGCCGUUGCUGCCCCUCCCCAACCGGCAGCCCGCAUUGUCCAGCCGCCGAAGGAUGAUAACGUCUGGGCAACAGCGCCAUCCCAGAAUGGUCUCCGGAAUUCACUUGGCAGGGUCGCUAGGAACGUGGUGAUAUCUCCGGGAAAGACACCUGCUGAAGUCUACCUACCCGAAGCAAAGAAAGUGGCGCGAGAGGCAGCGGAACAUUUCCUUACGGAGGAACAGAGAAACGCGCUCUCGCCCCAAGGGAUUUCCGGGUUUACCCGAACUAUAUCGCUUCGUGUCUUGAACCUACCCAGAGUCGGCCAAUUCUUCCAGCAAGUUUUCAGUCGCCGACUAACAACUAUCAUACUCGGACAGCCAUACGGCGAGCUCAGCAUCUACGUGAACGCGGCCUACGCUCUAUCGAGAUUGGCGGUUUCUAGUCUAACAGAGGACCGUUACGGCAAUGUACAGAGAGAUGUCCCCGCUAUCAUACGGACGUUCACCGUGGUCAUCAAGAAGUUGGAGAGGUUCAGGGAUAACCUGCCAGCCCACUGGACGGACCUCACACAGAACAAGGAGUGCCCCGAAGUUGACGAAUUAUUGGACGCAUUGAAGGAGGGAUUAGGCGAACUUAUCACGGCGUUCGGACAGUACAGCACCGAUCUAAGACUUACCCGAGCAGAUAUGCGGUUGGCGAGAGAGGCGGCGGAGAGGCGACAAGCUGAGCCGGAGAUGCCGGCACCAGCACCGGCCGCGGGACCGGAGAUGCAGCAAGUACGCUAGUGGCGUAAGUCGCGAAUCUCGAGUCUCAAGAACACACUGAUGAACGCAUUUAUGAAAGUGCUUUGGGGCGCAAUCGGAAAGGUGCGCUCCAGGUUUGCAGGGGACCAAUGAGUCUAAAAUACCUAACAGGUACAGGUUGUAUUGUAAUCGGAUGCAACUUAUGAUGCAAAGCCAGUAAUGAAACUUGUCAAUGGGAUGGGUUAUUCUUCGUAAUUAUGCAUGUGGGUAAUGGAGUGAUGAGCAGUUGAAUACGUGAGACUUGACGCUAUUCCGCUAUUUAAACGAUGUGGUUAAAGGUGGAAAUGGGUUCUUGUAACUAACCCUUGCUCAUUGCUCUAUGAGCUAUAUGGUUGAGCAACGCCGUCACGCCGUAUUUGUCCUAUGAUCCAACAUAAGGCUGAGUGAGGAGGC